GUCCAGGUAGCUCGCAUUUCCCGGCGAGCGGCGGCGCCCGCAGCACCUGUCUCCCGGUGCGUGGGCGGGGAGGACGGCGCGAGGGCAUGGCCUGGUAGAGGCCCCUGGGCAGACGGUGAGGAGUCCAGUCCGGAGCAGGGCAGGAGGCGGAGGGACGUUCCUCCCCGGCGCCUGCUCGGCCGGCGGCAGCAUGAAAAAGAACCCGACGGUGCAGGGCACCUUCAGCAAACUCUUCGGCAAGAAGCACGCCAACCCUCCCGCCACCUCCCUCUACGCCACCAACCCCCCCUGGAUUUUCACCCAGGAGGCCCCGUCGGAGGGGACCCGGGACUUCGAUGGGAUCUAUUUUGGAGACAACCGAGCUGACACAGUGAGUGAGUCGGGAACCGCCACACUGAAAGCUCGGCCAAGAGUCCGGCCCCUGCUGACCUUUCUUCCACUGGAUGCCCAGGAGAACCAUGGACUGGCUGUGCCCACCCCCUCUGUCCCAGACAGCUUUGCAGACCAACAAAUGACAGGCACCAGCAAGCUUAUCAAUGGCAACCUCCGAUUAUACAGCUCUGUGGGGGACCUGAGGCCUGGGCACUAUGGCCAGGACUUGCUCAUCCCCCCGCCACCCCCGGGCCCAGCCCCGGCACCACCCCCAGACGCUCCGCAGCCUCAGGAGGAGCCCUCACCACCACCUCCACCUUCCACGGCUCCCCCGCCUCCCCCGCUGCUGCCGGAACCCCCGUCCCCGCCCAGCAUGGCCCCACCUCUGCCCCCAGUGAUGGGGGCCCUAUCCACCGCACCCCGCCUUCCCUCCCCAUCCACACCCACCCCUCCGGACUUCAUUCCCCCUGCGCCCCCCCUACCCUUUUCGCCAGCCCCAGCUCCCCCAGCUCCAGUGUCUCCUCGUACACCGGGGACUCACCCCUUCCCCGCUGCGGGUGUCACCAAGUGGAAAUCAGAGGUAGCGCUGAGUGACAGGCAGCCAGAGGUCCCCAGAGGCAGCCCCCCCGGGAGCCCUGCUGAGCCCAAGGGGAGCCUCCUGGGACCGGAGACCCACCUCACCUUCCCCAGCUCGCUCAAGGUGCCUCCCCCAACCCCAGUCAGGACUUCAUCCAUCUCCUCUCAGGAAGCACAAGGGGCUCUUCCUGAGGAAAGAGAGGCCACCAAGAAGGCCCCCAGUCGACUCCCACUGCCUCCCAGCUUCCACAUCCGCCCCGCGUCCCAGGUCUACCCUGACAGGGCCACUGAACCAGACCAUCCCGAGGAGCCCAGGGCUACGGCACCAGCCCGUCCGAGGCCGGGCCAGUCCCAGGCCUGGACAAGCGAACAAGCCGAGACUCCACCUCCAGCCCCUCCCCCGCCCCCUCCUCCACUCCCACUCCCUCCCCCGGCCCCCCCCCUGCCCCCAGCUGCCCCUCCUUUGCCAUCUGCUGAGAAGGCAGCCCCUCCCCCGGCUGGGGUUAUGAAAAGACCCAAGUCCAGCUCUCCUGCUCCCAAACCCAAACUUGACCCCCCCAGCCCAGAGGACACAGCCUCUUCAGAGUCCGUGGACUGGUGGGAUCCCAGCCAGAUGGCAAAGCUGCGGAACGAGCUGUCAGCCUAUCUCUGUGGCUCCAAGAGAGAGGACCGGUUUGCCAGUCAUAGACCAGGCCCAACUGCAUCCUCUCAGGGAAAGGAGAGCCAGAAGGGCCCCAGCCUGCCAGAGAAGGAGGCGCCCCCAAGUGUUCCUGAGGAGAGCCCUUGCAGCCAGCCAGAGAGGAAGGCUGCCGCCAGCCUGACCCUCCCUCCUUUGGACUACAUCCCCCAAGACUCGCCAGCUCCUAGCAUCCAGCAGAUCCGGAAUAAGCUGGAAGCCCAGUUUUCCUCAUCAGCAGAGAAGGAAGCCAAGCCCAGCAGAGGGUCUCUGCCUCCCAAACCUCAGCUAGAAGGGGUAAGAAUCUUUGAAAACAGGGCUGAUAAUGGCAAAUUCUCCAAGCCCGCGGCCAAGAAUCUGCCACCUCUAUCCACCGCCCCUCUGCCAACCACACCACUCCAGUCCAAGGCCACGCCUGGACCAGCCAUACCACCCAGGGCCACACCUGAGCCAGCCACACCUGGACCAGCCACACCACCCAAGGCCACACCGGAGCCAGCCACACCUGGACCAGCCACACCACCCAAGGCCACACCGGAGCCAGCCACACCUGGACCAGCCACACCACCCAAGGCCACACCGGAGCCAGCCACACCUGGACCAGCCACACCACCCAAGGCCACACCUCUGCCCACCACAUCAUCCCAACUGAUAGCAGAGAAGAACCUAGUCCCAGCUGGGCAGUGGGAGAAGCCAGAACAUCAAGAAGUUGCAGUGCCCUCCAAGCCAGAGGCAGGAGGGCGCUCCUCAGAGACCAGUAAGCCUACACAGGGAGCCCUCUCAUCUCCAGCCCUCCCCGCAAAGAUAUCCCCUGGCCGAGAAGAGGUGCCAUUUCUCUAUAAGCCCCAUCGCAGCCAGAACAUCCCUAGCAGAGAUGUGGCCGUGGUGACGCCCACCCUGUCCAGAGGAGAGGCGGUAGGGUCAUGGGAGCCUGUGGAGGUGAAGGAGCCCCGGAGGCUGCCAGCCAACCCCCCUGCCUCAGCCCAGCCUGCUGAGGAACUCCUCAGGCAUCCAGUGACAGGGCAGGUGGUGGAGCAGGGCUCCCCGAUGGCUCUGCUCCUUGCAGCCAGGCAGAGGGCACAGAAGGGGAGGUCCAGAGGGGCUGCCCUGGGCCAGUCCUCCCUGCCAGGGAGUCUCCGUGGCCACAGCCAGCCCGGGGCAGGCUCUGACACCAUCUUCUACAACGACGGCCAGCCCAACUCCUUCACAGUGGUCCCCAAGGUACCCAAGGAGACUGAGAAGGACCCCCAGCUAAACUUGCCAGGACAGCCCAAGGUACCCAGUCAGUGGAAGCCCCAGCCCCGCAGAGACCCAGAGGGCACGGAGCCCAGCCGCGGGUACAGCUGGACAAAGACGGAGCCGCAGGCCCCCGUGGCUUGGGAAAGACCAGUGCCCUCCAGCCUCCCCCAGGGCUGCCUGCUGCCCAAGUCCUCCUCUUCCCCUCCCUCUCCUUCCCACAAGAGGGAGGAGGAGUUCAACUUUGAGGUCAUCCCACCGCCACCAGAAUUCAGCAAUUACCCUGAGCCCCCGCCCCGCGCCCUGCAGUAUCUGGGGCGCCGGGGCUCCCCUCCCCGGAACAACUUCUCAGACUUGGGGCAGCUCGCGGACGCGGGCCCCGCUCGCGGCUCCUCGCGCUUUUCCGCCAGUGCGGGCCCCGCCGGGGCCGCCAUGGGCCUGGGCCGUUUCUCGGGCGGGGGCCGUUCGCUUAUCAAGAAGCGCCUGUACGUCGUCGGGGAGACACACCGCAGCCCCAGGCUGCCCCGGGGCGGCAGUGGCCGCAGCCCGACCUCCCCUGGCUGCUUCGGGCCGCAUCCCAGAGGGCCCUUCGCAGCGCCCGGAGGCCCGGAGAUGCGGCGCGUCAACUCGACGGGCCGCGCGCCCCCCGCCGGCCUGCGCGCGCGGAAUAUGCCCCUGGAGGGCGGCCCCCGCGGAGAGGCCAAGUACAAAGCGCCCGGCGGCGGCGACUGCGGCUGCGCCCCGGCUACCCGCAGGUCUCCCCACAGCAACCCCCACUAUGGAAGCUCCGUCAACACAUUCACCGUGAGGCCUGGGACCCACCAUCCCAUCUCCUAUGCCUACUCGGGGGCCCAUCGGAAGGCCCCAUCCUGAGCCCAGGGUUUUCUCAGUUCCUCUCCAAGGGGUCGGAUCCAGGCACUUGUUUUUGUGGGGGUGGGAGGGACGCAGCAGGUGUUAAGUAGCCUCACUGAGACACAGAGGAGUCUGUUUCCCAAAGACAGACAGGGGGACAAUGAGUGAAGCAGUGGGCCCAGUAAGAUUGAACUUCUGUUUCCCAAAGCACUGGUGUGGCUGUGGACUGUCUGCAGAUGGGGGUGGGAGGGGGAAGGAGGGAGGAGAGGAGGAAGGAGGGAGGAGAGGAGGGACCUUUAAGGAGCUGGAGCCUGAGUUUUCACUGUCUGGUACUAUUUGCUUUAGCAAGGCUUAUUGAAAGCAGUUUUCCAAGCAAGCCUACUGAGCAGGUUCUAAAAGCAAGGGCUGGAGCGCUUGCUCAGAAGGGAACCCAUCAGGAUGGCUGUGAUUGCUGGUCAGGCCCUCAUGAGGGGCUGAGGCCCAGCCCUGUCUGGGUUGGGGGUGCAGGGUGCUACAGGUUGACCUCCUCAGCCUCCACCAGUCCACCAGUCCACCAUUUGCCACUCCCAGAGGCGACACCUGGGGUUCCUAGCAUAGAAGCCACGUUGAGGUGUGAGCAGGAAUAUGCAUACUUAACAUGUAGAGAAGGUACUGGAACAAAGUGCUUUGCAUUGACCAAGGGUGGGGAUAGGGGUACUGGUGGUUCAUUUCUCCCUGGCUCUGAGCUACAGGAAGCCCUAGAGAGAGAAGACGUGGCAGGUUUGGGAUGGAAGACAGAGGAUUAAGGCUUGCUUUUCUAUUCAGACCCAGGCAGCCAUGAUUUGGGGGAUCGGGCCCAAGGAGCCAGAAAGCCUGGGGCUUGACACCAAAGGCCUUACCUGGCCAGGUCCUGUAUGGGAUUUGGAGGGGCAUCAUUCCCAACCACCCCUCCCAACCCCAAUACUACAGGUCUCCAAUAUUACUGAGGCCUUAGAAUGUGUAACCAAGAUGCCAGAAGGCCUUGUAGAGUAGAAGGUGACAGAGAUGGGAAUAGAGGUCUGAGAGGAGUUUGCUGCAAGUAUGGAACGUGGUUUGGAAAGUCAAGAGUGGCAGGACUGGGCCAGUUCAGAGCAGGGGAGCCCUAUCGGUAGGGUGACCAUUUGUACUUUGCUGGGAAGUCUGGGUUUAUGCCUGUUUUCCAGUGAGUGAGAACCCCUUCCACUUUCAAAAAAGUCCUGGUUUAGAUAAUAUAUGCUCACCAGACAUAUCAGGAAACAAUAUUCUUUGGUCAAUCUUCUGUCUUCAGGUCUUGGUGGGCCGAAUUCCUGGGGCCAGGCCAAGGAAGGCUACCUGGGUAAGGAGGAGGGGCAGGGGGUGCCCACCUCAGAGGAGCAGGCUGGUAGGGGCAGCCAGGAAGCAGUUCCCUUUGGGGGCACGAUGAUGGACCUCUAUGAUUUGUGCUAACCAGCCAGGGUACCGGGGUGUGGGGAUAGCAGAUGACCACUUCAGGGAAAGAGAGUGCAGGGGUGGGUGGGCACCCUGAUGGGGCAGGGUCUGGUUACCUGUGUCUAAGAAGCGAACCCCACCCCAGUGCCAGCACUGGCUCUAUAUAUAUGUAUGUAUUUUCCCUGUACAAUGUUUUAUAAAAGAGUUCACUAAUUUAUCUGCUGUGUUAAGGCUUGAGGGGUGGGGUGUGGAUUCCCAACUGUAUCUUGCUCUGGGGUGGGCAGGGAAGGACUGAUUCGCUCUUGGCUUGGGAAAUAAACAGGCCAGUUUGGAUGGCCUCCAGCUCUGUG